AGAGGUGGAGGACGUCGUGGAGAAGAGGUGCUAUACCUUCCACUUGCUGGUGGGAUCAUCCUGGAGGGGACAUAGGGGCUCAAGGAGACUUUGCGGGUGUGAGACCCUAGAGGCCCCAUGAGGAGAGUCCAAGGGACAAAGUUACCAGUGUAGUAGCUUUGUGGUAGACAAGCUGAGGAAAUCCCAGCGGGCAGCGAGCAUGGAGACGAGGCCGAGAAGGAAGAGAUACAGGGUGGUAAAAAAACGUGUUGUUGACAGGGCUCCUGCUGGGGACGGGGGAGCAGGCGAUUGGAACUAAACCAAACUGGGGAUCUAACCAGUUGGGGGCUCCCAGCCAAGGUGGCACUUGGAACAUGUACUUCAGAGCCUGCUCAUGCCAGGGGCAGGGAGUGGAGCUGUUUGCUCACCUACUCCCGGGGGGUUUGGUUCCCAGCCUGCCCUGCUCAUGGGCAGAGUGUGCUCUGAUGGCUGGAGAGCUUCUCAGGCAGAGACAUCGAUGUGGCUGCUCGAAUCAGGGAACGGGCUGUGAAGCAGUGAGGGCUGGGGGAUGGGGGUGCAGCCUGACCUACCCACCCCAGCAUGGCCUGGCCAUUACUUCCCUCAACCUAGCAUAGGCUUGGAGCAGGAGUCCAGAGUAUGCACUGGCCGUGAAUGUUUGCUGGGGAUGAGGGCAAAGGUUGUCUGAGGAUUUGACCAGGGAGUCUGGCUUAGAAGAAUGGCCAGGGAAUCAUCUUCCCAGAUUUAGAGAAAGAAAUGUCAGCCCUCUCAACUUUCCACCCCCUGAACACCCAUACGUAAUUUAACUCUUACCAAGGAGACCAGCUUCCUUACUGGUCAUGCGCCCCUAGUCUGUCCGGGCCAUUUCUGCAAGAAGGGGUUCCUCUUGCCUGCUACCACAGGUUUGCUCUCUGGGCAGGGCCUAGCACAAGGGAGACCCCUGUGCCUCCUGCCUGCCUGGUCUCCCAUUUCCUUUGUGACUGAGGCAGGGAGGCCUCUGGGAAGCUCUCGUGCUAAGCCUGAUGGGUGGUGGCUGCAUUCGCUGCUCCUGGAUACAGUGGGCAAAAGCUCUGUGGUUGAUCAUGGAAGUCUCCCCAGGCACAGGCGAAAAGAAAGGACUCAGGCGAGCCACAUGCUUGCCUUCCCGGCAGAGAUGACCUCCAAGGAGUCUUCUGAUGUGGAAGCUUCAAGAAUACCCUGUCCCUUAAAAGUCUGCUGUUGACGGCCGACUUGGGGACAGUUUGUAUUGUAUGUUUUAUUACCAAAUGGGAUUGUGGGGUCUGGAGAACUGGGGGUGGCAUAUGUUGCUACCCCGUCUGCUCUCGGGGGCUGGGGUGAUAGAUGUUUUCAUCUCAGCUCUCCAGAACAGAAACUCCACUCCUUAGAGGCUGUGUGUCCCUUGACAAGUGACUCAAUCUUUCUGAGCUUUAGUUUCCUCUCUGGAAAAUGGAUUACUCGUCACGGUCAUUACAGGGAUUAAAUGGAUGAGCAUGUUAGAGUCUCAGGAGAGUAUCUGGAAGGUAGAGCCAUUGAUAACUUUUGACCCCUUUAUUCCUCAUUCUGGAGGAGCCCAAGGGAGGGGGCUCACCUGAUGUUCCUUCCCCAGGGUCCGUGUCUUUGCAGUCAGUAUCCUGCUGACAUCUGGGAAUAUGGACCCAAGCCUUGUCCCAGUUCCUUCCGGAUGUUAGCGAAACCUGAGGUGCGCAGAGCCUUGGAGACUGGCAUGGGAUGUCCUGCUCCAUCCGGAGGUACCUCCCAGUGACUCCCAGGCCCCACCCUAGGUUAGGUGGCAGCUCUUUUUGCUCAAAGCUCAGUCUUGGCCCUGACCAGUGCUCCAAGCUUACUGGAUGCUGAGAGGCUGUGCCUGCAGAUGCCUGGGCAAGAAGCUGGUCUUAGGCCUGUAGGUCCAGGACAGGUCAUUUCUUCCUGCGGGUCCUGUACCCUCUGCUGCCCACUGUGCCCGGUCUCGUUUUGAGUGCUGCCACUUGUCUGAUUCAGGUAUUGUACUCCACUGAGUCUCCUCAUUCCCUCCUGGCCGUGCCCAGGACCCUCACUGGCCAGCCCGGGCCUUGCUAACAUGGUCCUCACUGUUGGCUUGAGCAUUGUUUUCUCCUUUGGCCUCAGUUUCCCUACCUACGAAGCGGAGUGCUGGCCUCUUUUCUUGCUUAGACCUCUUCAAAUCUCAUUGUGAAACAAAUCUCAUUGCUUUUCUUUCCUAGUCUCAUUGCUGCCCAGUGAGCAACAGCCUGCCAGCCUGCAUGUUCCCGCUGAAACUCUGCCCCGCGUGUCUUAGAGAUCUUCAGUACUUUCUUGCUGCACAGGCCUUUGUGUGGGGGUCUCUUCUUGACACUCGGCCUGUCUGUGGCGCUGGUCUCUGCUUCCGAGUCUUCCUUUUGAGUCUGUUCUCACCAUCCCCCAAGUGAGGGGCUUCCACACUCUAGGGCUCUGUUUGCUUCUGUUGCUUGUGUACCUUCUCUGGGUGUUUAGGGACAAGGGACUUCGCUCCAUCCGUUCUGGCUCAAGGUACGGAACAGGCAUAAACUUGACGAAGCUGCUUUUCUCUGUGGUUUGGGUGGAAUAUCCCAGAAGUGGGAGUUCCCAGGUCUGUGACGCUGCCUAGGUGGUUCCAGGAGUGACUGCAGUACUCUCAGCCACUACGUGGGGGUUGGCCAGAUGUAAGGCUGCCUUCCUGGAGCAGGCUUCUGGAUGGGACUCCCCCCCGCCCCCCAGUCGUUGAUUCCUGUGAUUCUGUUCCCUGCAGGCCGGCUGCUGCUCAUAGUGGGAGCCAGAGCCACCAUGACCCGCUGGACGUCCCUCAAGGCCUCUAGGCCACACAAGCCUGGCUCCUGGGAUCUGGCAGCCUCCCCCCGGCGUCUGAGUACCCCAGCCUUGGCCACCUUCCCCUGGAAGGCUCAGAAAUCUGGGACUGAGCUGUCUUCUCAGAAUGGUCCCCGGGUUCCCCAGCCCCGCCAACUCUCUGCCUCCUGGCCCAGACAGAAACAGCAUCCACCAUUACAGCCCCGAGCCUCAGCUACACAGACCCAUGAAGUGCCCCUGCCCGGAGUCAGCCUGGGGGCAGGCCAGGGUCCACCAGACCCCGGGAUGACCGCAGCCAGCCGGGCCAACCCCUACAGCAUCGUGUCAUCAGAAGAGGACGGGCUGCACCUGGUUACCAUGUCAGGCGCCAACGGUUUUGGCAAUGGCAAGGUGCACACACGGCGCCGGUGCCGCAACCGUUUUGUCAAGAAGAACGGCCAAUGCAACAUUGAGUUUGCCAACAUGGAUGAGAAGUCACAGCGCUACCUGGCUGACAUGUUUACCACGUGUGUGGAUAUCCGCUGGCGCUACAUGCUGCUCAUCUUCUCUCUGGCCUUCCUUGCCUCCUGGUUGCUGUUUGGCAUUAUCUUCUGGGUCAUUGCUGUCGCCCAUGGAGACCUGGAACCCACCGAGGGCCGUGGCCGUACACCCUGUGUGCUGCAGGUCCACGGCUUCAUGGCAGCCUUUCUUUUCUCCAUCGAGACGCAGACCACCAUUGGCUACGGGCUCCGCUGUGUGACUGAGGAGUGCCCGGUGGCUGUCUUCAUGGUGGUGGCACAGUCCAUUGUAGGCUGUAUCAUUGACUCCUUCAUGAUUGGUGCCAUCAUGGCCAAGAUGGCACGCCCCAAGAAGCGAGCGCAGACUCUGCUUUUCAGCCAUAACGCUGUGGUGGCUCUGAGGGAUGGUAAGCUCUGCCUGAUGUGGCGUGUGGGCAACCUUCGCAAGAGCCACAUCGUAGAGGCCCAUGUACGGGCCCAGCUCAUCAAGCCCAGGGUCACAGAGGAGGGUGAGUACAUCCCGCUAGAUCAGAUUGACAUCGAUGUGGGCUUUGACAAGGGCCUGGACCGUAUCUUCCUGGUGUCGCCCAUCACCAUCUUGCACGAGAUUGAUGAGGCCAGCCCACUGUUCGGCAUUAGCCGUCAGGACCUCGAGACGGAUGACUUUGAGAUUGUGGUCAUCUUAGAAGGCAUGGUAGAGGCCACAGCCAUGACCACACAGGCUCGCAGUUCCUACCUGGCUAACGAGAUCCUGUGGGGCCACCGCUUUGAGCCAGUGCUCUUCGAGGAGAAGAACCAGUACAAGAUUGACUACUCACACUUCCACAAGACCUACGAGGUGCCCUCUACGCCCCGCUGCAGCGCUAAGGACCUAGUGGAGAACAAAUUCCUCCUGCCCAGUGCCAACUCUUUCUGCUAUGAGAAUGAGCUGGCCUUCCUGAGCCGAGAUGAGGAGGACGAGGUGGCGACGGACCGGGAUGGCCGCAGCCCUCAGCCGGAGCAUGACUUUGACAGGCUGCAGGCCAGCAGUGGUGCCCUUGAGCAGCGGCCCUACAGACGGGAGUCGGAGAUCUGAGUGCUCUUGACUUUGGUGCGGCACCAUCCUGACCACGCUAGGUCCCACGUCCCUCGGGGGCCUGGGCUGGAGCAGCGCAAGCCGGACGCCUCGGGUCACAGACUCAGUAGCAUCUUUAGUCUUCUCACGUUUUCUCGCAAUAGCUUGGGGAGGUUGGAGGGAGAGUGGGUGACCAGAAUGAACAGCCCAUGGCCUCAGAUGGACACGCAUGGGCAAGGGGGUGACCUCUCGGGGUAAGGUGAACCACAGGAGUGGGGGACUCUGCUGGAGGCCUCGGAAGCAGUUCAGGAGAGGUCCCAGCCCUGUGGGGAAAGCUGUGUAUGCACACUUCAUUGGUUUCUAACUCGGAUAAGACUGUUUACAAACAACAACAACAACAACAAACACAAGACAACACUAACAUGUGGUUGAAUUUUUAAAAUUCGUGGUGUGGGGACAGUUAGAAUUCUACUCAGUGCUGCCAGGCAGAGCAGCUGGAUGGGGUGCCCCGAAGGUUCUGGGAGGUCUGGUGUCUCUCCCUCACGUGUGCCAGGGCCCUGCAGGUUGUCAUGCUUAAGGAUGAAUCAGGCUUGUGACCAUGUUAAUGAUCCUAAUAAAGUGUCUGGAUGUCUCUGGGGGUGGGGGCCCACUAGGGUGAAUCUGGCUUGAUCUUUUGUGAUUGACUUUACACCUCAGCUGCAUCAGGGCUGGCUUUAGGACCCAGGGGAGGCCCCCUUUCGUGCGCCUCUGUCCUCCACUCCCUCUCUGCCCCAGGUCUCCACCCCUGCAGUGAGGGGCAGUAGGAAACACCAGAGUGGGUGCUUCUUAGGAAAGGACACUCAGGAAAUUAGCAUGGGGUCCGGUUCCCACAUUCCCAGGAAGUGGGUCAGCCCCACACCUGCUGGAUUCACAGCUCGAGUUGUGCCUUAGACACUCUGGUUGUCUGGCUUCAGUCACUUUUGGUUUAUCAGACUUGUCGAAUCCUUCCCUGCUGCCCCUAACUCCACUCCUGAAGCCCUCACAAGCCCCUCCCAGGAUGCAGAGGCUGCACUCCACCUGUCCCAUGGUUCCCAUGUCUCUACCUCCCUUUCUCCCACACUCCUGGGGUGGAAUGAGGUAGCCCAGCCGGCCCCAGCCAGUUAUCUGCUGCUGGAAAGAGAGGACGACCCCUCAGCCUCCACCUGACCCCGGCCACCAUGGAGAUGACCAGAGAAAUGUCAUAAAACAAAGAAUUUCUGUUUCGCCUUUAGGGGCCCGUGAUGGAGAUGUUCCUCCCCGCUAGGCCCCAAGCCAUGGAGUCUUCCCACAGUGCCCAGCCAGGGAGACCUGAGGUGGGCUUGCUUCCAGACAUCCAGCUUAAGAUUUCAUGCUAAUUUCUAGGCUAGAAGAUUCUGCCUAGAUUGCCCCAGAGGCCUCGGCUCCUUUGUGUUCUUAGCCUGGUCUCUGCCCUCAAAUAUCACUGACUUUUCUAGCCUUGGCCCUAGGGCCUGAGGGUGCAUUCAGCAUGGGAGUGCUUGGCUCUCAACCCACCUCUGUCCAGUUGUCGGGCUGAAGGUUGGGGAGGGAAGAAGGGCAGGUCCUGGCCACUGGCUACUGCUGUGGGAGCCUAGGCACCUUUUGCUAUUCCCUGAGCAGAUGGGCCUGCAUCCAGAGUAGCGUCUGAGGGGCUCCUGGCCCCACGAGGCCUGCUCCUAGCUCAUCUCAGUGGCCUAAAGCAAUUCCUCAUUCUGGCCCAUCCUCCUCCCAGGUCCAGGCCUGCCAGAAUGGUCCAGUCCCUGGGCCCUGCUGGAGAGCAGCUCAGGCUGCCUUUCAUCUCUGCCAAAGGCAGGCAGAUGCUGCAUUUCCCAAUUCUCCUGCCCUCUUUUUUUUCUCUGUCCCUGUAUUUAUUUAUUGCUUGUGCUAAAGACCAAACUAGUCACUCCCUUCAGUGCACCCUAGUGGGGGAGGCCACUGAGGGGGGAGCCGUGUGCCUGUGCCGAGCAGGAAAGCUUGGCCCCUGGGGAGCGCAUGAGGAGGGAAGCCAGGGUGUGUGUGUGCAAGCAUGUACAGACGCGCUCACAUGAUUGUCUCCUUGUGUGUGAGUCUUGGUAUACAGAGAUAUGGUAUACACAGGUGUUUGUAUACAGGUAGUCUGUGUGUGUCUGCCCACAGGUAUGUGUGUGCUUGUGUUUGUUUUUUAUUUUAUUGGGGUGAAGUGGGUUUGGUGCUCACUAACCUGAAUGACUCAGGUUGGGUGCUGGCCACAGACAUAUCCACAGUCCGACGUGAGUCCCUGGCCUGCCCUGGAUCUGCAGGCUGUACGCAGUGUGUGCAGCAGUUUGAGGAGUCUGAUGGUAAGCCUCUGCACUAGGUCCUGAUGGAGGCCAUGGGUGCGUCUGUGCAUGCGAACCUGCGUGAGUGCGUGGAGGUCCCAGGGUGCGUGUCUGUGAAUGUCAGUGGGGUGGGUGCUGCGUGCAGCCGUGGGAGAGCGGCACAGAAUGAAGCAGCUGCCCUGAGCCCAUGCUGGUGCUGUGCCACCUGGCCCUUGCCAGCUGAGGGCCUGGGGGCAGAAGGACACACCAUGGGGAGGCCCCUGUAUGGGUGUCUGCCCUGUGUGAGGUCACAGAAUGUUCAAUCUAUUUUAAAUGGUGAAACUGGAGAAUUUUCAUGUUAUUUUCAAUACAUGGUGGUAUCUAAAGAUGUAGGCAAUGAGACUAGACCACAUUAAAUGCAUUUUGAUCUCUUUGAAUGCUA